AUGGAGGGAGGCGAGGUUGGAUGGGAGAGGGAGAGGGGGAGUGGAAGCAGGGGAGGAGGGGGGAUUGGGAGGAAGCAGGGAGAGGUGAGUGUGGGGAAGGGUGGAAGUGAGAGUAGAACGUGGGAGAGGCUUUUAGGGGAUUGGGAGAAGGUGUGGGGGAGUGAAGAGGCAGGUGUGAGUGGGAACAGGGAGGAGAAUGGCGAGGAGAGUGGUAAGGAGAGUGGUAAGGAGAGUGGUAAGGAGAGUGGUAAGGAGAGUGGUAAGGAGAGUGGGGAAGUGAAUGGUGAGGGGAGUGUUACGGAGAGUGGUGAAAGUGGAAUGGAGAGUGGUGAGGGAAGUGGGAUGGAGGUUGGUAAGAAUAGUGGUCAGCAGAGUUGUGGGGAGAGUGGUAAGGAAAUUUGGGAGGGGAAUGGGAAGGAGAAUGGGAAGGGAUUUGGUAAGGUGAUUAGAGAAUUGAAUGGUAAGGAGGGUGUAAAGGAAAAUGGUGACAGUGGAAAGGAGAGAGGGACGUGGAGUUGUAUGGAGAGUGGGGUAGUGACUGGUAGGGAGGGUGUUCAGGAGGUUGUUGGAAGGGAAUUGGAGAUUGUUAAGGGGAGUAGUAAGGAGAAUGGUAAGGAAAUUGGGGAGGAGGUUGGUCAGAAUUGUGGAGAGGACAGUGGGGGGAAGACUGGUAAGGAGAUCGGGCAGGAGAAUGGGAAGAAGAGUGGGGGAGUGAGUGGUAAGGAGAGUGCUAAGCAGAGCUGUACGGACAGUGAGGAGGAGGUUGCAAAAUAUAGUGAAGAGGAGAAUGGGGUAGCUAGUGGUAAGGAGAUUGGGGAGGGGUGUGGGAAGGAGAGUUUGGAGUGGAGUGGUAAAGAGAGUGGGGGAAUGAAUGGUAAGGAGCAGGGUAGUGAAUGUGGAGUGGAGGGUGGUAAGGAUUAUGGGGAGGAGAGUGGGAAGGAGAGUGGGGAGUGUAGAGGUAAAGAGAACGUGGGAGUGAAUGGUAUGGAGGAGAGUAGUGAAAGUGGAGAGGAGGUUGGUAAUGAAAUUGGGGAGGAGAGUGGGAGGGAGAGCGGUAAUGAAAUUGGGGAGGAGAGUGGGAGGGAAAGCGGUAAUGAGAUUGGGGAGGAGAUUGGGGGAGAGAGUGGUAAGGAAAAUGGGGGGGUUAGUGGGGAAAAGAGUGGGAUGGCAAGGGCAAAGGAGAUGGGUGGGGAAAGUGAUAAGAAGAAUGGGGAGGAGAGUGGGGAGGAGGGUGGUAAGGAGAAUUGGGAGAUGGGAACACGGCAAGUAGUAGAAGAGAAGGGAAAUUACCACCAAGUUGUGCAUGGGAGUGGAGGCUGUGUGGCAGCAGGGGUAGCAGAGAGCUGUACGGGGGAAGAGGGGAAAUGGAGCGAGGCAGGCACGACAGGUUGUGUACAGGAGACGGCUGGUUGUGGGGGAGGAGAUGUGGCGGAGGGGUUAGGGUUAGGGAUAGGGAUAGGGAUGGUGAAAGAUGAGGGAGGUGUUGUUGGGGAGAAGAUUCUGGACUUGGAGAUGCAUUUUAAGGCGCCUCAAAAUGCACCUCACUGCUCGCAGAUUUUGGACUUGGAGAGUGAAGGGAAGAGGGAGACGAUGGGUGAUUGCAAGGGAGGAGGGGCGAUGGGAGGAGGGGAAGGAGGAGCGAUUUGGGGAGGGGGGUUUGAGGUGAAAGGAGAAGUGGAAGGAGUUGAGCAGGUGGAGGGAGGUGUGGGAGUGGAGGGAGUUGUGGGAGUGGAGGGAGUUGUGGGAGUGGAGGGAGUUGUGGGAGUGGGAGAAAUAGAAGUAGGGAAGCAGACAGGGUGGGCGGUAGGCAGCAGUGAUGAGGAUGGGUUGGGGCAUGGAGGAGAGGGUAUGGGGCAUGGAGGGGAGGGUGUGGGGCAUGGAAAGGAGAGGGUGGGGCAUGGAGGAGAAGAUGUGGAGCAUCGCGAGGAGAGUGUGGGGCAUGAAGAUGAUGUGCUGUCUGCUGGCUGUGUGAUGGGCGCAGGUGGCGGGGAAGCAGCAGGUACAAGUGAUGAGGGGAGCAAGGUACAUGCCCAGGAGGAUGCUGGGGUGGAUGCUGAGGUGGAUGCUGAGGUGGAUGCUGAGGUGGAUACGGAGGAGGAUGCUGAGGUGGAUGCUGAGGUGGAUGCUGAGGAGGAUGCUGCUGAGGAGGACGAAGUUAUUGUCUGGACUGAAACCAACAACAUCAUCUCGAGGCGGUCACUCAAAGUGACUGACAGCUCGUGGUAUGCUGUGGGCUUCGGAAUCGGCUCGGUGUUCAUAUUCAUCGGACUGUUCAUCCUGGCCGUGUUCAUCCAUUCGCGGAUUAAGGCAUACCGGAAGGCCAAGGAGCAGAGCUCAAAGGUGUCCAAUGAGGCUGUGAAAACCGAGAAUCUCAAAGAACCAGUUCCUGAGGCUACUAAUAAGAUGUCAGCUGGCGGAGCUAAGGGAAUGGCCGCGCUGGGAGUUGGGGGCGGCGGGGAGGCGCAGGUGAACGAGAUGGCGACAAAGAACCAUCCGAACCUGGUGAGGCUGGUGGGGUACUGCCUGGACUUCAGCCCUGUGACAGAGCGCAUGGAGCAAAUUGUCAUCUACGAAUUUAUGGCCAAUGGUGACCUCGAACAGUGGAUCGGCCCAUCCGCAAAACAGCAUUUGUCUGUCCGGCAGCGGCUGGAGAUUCUCAUAGGCAUGGCCCGUGGCUUGGAGUAUCUUCAUGAGUUUGGCAUUGUGCAUCGCGACAUCAAACCCGCUAACAUUCUCCUUGAUGAGAAAAUGAAGGCGAAAAUUGCUGACUUUGGGUUGGUGAGGCAUGGGGAGGGCACAUCUGUGGCGGCCACUCGAGUGAUGGGAACACCGGGCUAUGUGGAUCCCGCCUACUACAAGUCACAAAAAGCCACUCCCAUGGCUGAUGUGCACAGCUUUGGAGUUGUGAUGCUGACCAUUCUCACGGCACGCAAAGCUGUUUGGAACUUGGAUUCAAACCUGGUCAACCUGAAGGCUUGGGUGGAACCUCUGGUGGCGGCUAAGGAUGUGGCAAGCUUCAAGGAUCCGUACCUGGAAGCACCAGAUACCAUGGUGCUGCGCUUGGCUCGCCUUGCCCUCAGCUGCACCACCAUGCCUACUGCAUCCCGACCGUCCAUGAGUCGCAUCCUCGGAGAAUUGCUGGUUAUUAAGGACGAGUAUUUGGGCGCGAGGGUUGACAGGAUGGCAGUGCGGAUUGAUCAGGAGCUUGGAGGAUCGACAGAUGCUGACUUCAAUCAUCUGUCGAUCCAGCAGGGGCUGGAGAUUCUCAUAGGCAUGGCUCGUGGCUUGGAGUAUCUCCAUGAGUUUGGCAUCGUGCAUCGCGACAUCAAACCCGCCAACAUCCUCCUUGAUGAGAAAAUGAAGGCCAAGAUUGCGGACUUUGGCCCUGCAUGGAGAGGCAUGGAGAGGGCACAUCUGUGGCGGCCACUCGAGUGA